AUGUCUAUCGUAUCUCUUGCAGAGGGUAGCUUGCCCACUGUUACCAAGGAAGAGUUACACGCUGCUGCCAAAGGAAGAGGCUUUUCCAUCCCAGUCGGCAGUCAAGAUGAAACGGACUUUCUACUGUUGCAAAACAGCUUUGAUGCUGUCGCUUCAGCUGUAGCGGCUUUGCCUGAGUAUAUUGAUCCAAGACUCGAGCCAGUUUCAGUAGAAGGCGGACAGCGUAAGUGGACCAAACCCACUGCAGAAGAGAAUCCCCUCAAUGCUUGGUCGUACGAGGCAUCCUCUCCAGCAAGCACAGUACUUGCCGGGAAGUCUCUUGCCAUGAAAGAUAAUAUUAGUGUGGCUGGAGCACCUUUACGCUUGGGUACUGCUCCUGAGCUGUUCAAAGGUGGAAAACAUGCCAUCAGUGAAAUCGAUGCAACAGUAGUGAAACGCAUCCUUGAAGCCUCUGGUACUAUUGCUGGAACGGCAGUAUGCGAAAACUUCAGCUUGUUCCCUACUUCUGUCUCAGCAGACAGCGGACCAGUUCACAAUGCCUGGGCACAAGGCUACAUGACCGGAGGCAGUAGCUCGGGAUGUGCCUCGCUGGUUUCGGCAAAGGACGUCAAAGACUGGAACGAGAAACACGGCUUGACCUUCAGAACAGACGCCCUCGAGGAAGGAGGCGUAGACAUGGCAAUCGGUGGAGAUCAGGGAGGCUCCAUUCGUGCACCAGCAUCCUUUGGCGGAUUUUAUGGGCUCAAGCCCACUACAGGACUGGUUCCCUACACAGGUAUAGUCUCAAUCCUACCGAUGAUUGACUCGACAGGACCCAUGGCUAGAUCUAUUGAGGACAUUGCACUAUUGCUUGGCGUUAUCGCAGGCUACGAUGGCAUCGAUCCUCGUCAGACGCCAGAGACGCCUCUUCGUCAGGCUGUGCCCGAUUACGCCAGGCUACUCGGCGAGUGGAAAGCAGCCAAGAAGGAGGCCGGUGAGUGGACCGCAUCAGCUGCAGCGAAAGGGCUCCGGAUCGGCAUCCUCAAAGAAGCAUGGGAGAUCGCCGGCCUGAAUACCAACGUGGCCGCGAUCGUCAGGGCUGCAGCGGAGAGAUUUGGUAAGCUCGGGGCGGAAGUUCACGAGGUUUCGGUGCCACUGCAUCUGCUAGGUCCGUCGAUUUGGACCGUUGCAGGUCGCGAGGCUAUUCCCCGAUUCUUCGAGAACAGGGCCUCUGACCUGCUCUCCCAUCCCUUGCCAGGGCUCGAGCCGAACCCGACUGAUCAGACAUUCUACGACAAGUUGGUCUAUAAAAAUCCGGCUGUCAUCAAUGUUGUGCUCAACGCCGAGCACAUGGAAACCAAAUAUGGACCAUCGCUUACACGCAAGGCUCACAUGCUUGUCCAUCAGUUACGCGCCGAGUAUGACAAAGUAUUCGAGAAUGUCGAUAUUUUGAUCACGCCAACCACGCCGACCGUGGCAAACAAGCACUGCAACUAUUCUAGUGUCAUGGAGAUUGCGCAGAAAGCUGUGGGCGUAACGUUGAACACUUCACCUUUCAAUUGCUCUGGGCAUCCUGCAAUGUCGAUCCCAUGUGGCUGGUCAGAGACUAGCGAUGGUGAAGGUAAGCUUCCGGUCGGUAUGCAGCUUGUGGGUAAGAGAUGGCAUGAGAUGGACAUCCUGAAAGCUACUUCUGCUUGGGAGGUUCUAGGCAAAGGACUGGAUUCGUAG